AGUUUUACUGUUCACUCCCCUCUUUCGUCUGACCCGAUCCUACGGACCCCAUUGUCUAAAUGGGACUCGAACGAUUUGCGCUAUUCUCCCGAACGCGAUCUAAUCGCACUGCAUUCCCCGAUCCUGUUUGACUCGGACGAUACGGAUGACCUGUUAUCCGGUUUGGUAUUACAGCCACCUCUCACUGGCCGAAAACCGAAACGUGGAUCCGCCACCGGCGCCCAAACAGUGGACGCAGUCAACGGGCCUCAUAGUGCACCCUAUCAUCGUCGUACCGGGUCACAACGGGGUCGCGCAGCUAUGAACAAUGGGAUCACAAGAGGUGGCGCUGAUAUCAGGCAAAUCCGUCAAUCUCAGCGUGCGGAUGCGGCUAAACGAGAUACAACUCAACUUUUGAAUGGAAAAACGGCUACCACACCUCAACCUUCCGAUCACUCGACCGAAGCUGCCGACCAUACCGUGAGCAGUCUACUCUCAUCUUCCGAUCACCCGUCCACUGGGAAUGCGGAUGAUUCGGGUCUGGGUGAGUCCAUCAAACCAUUGUCAUCGUCAUCCACCAAAAGUUGUCUCGAUGUGACCUCAGACGGGUCUACGAGCUUGUCUGUGCGCGCGUUGCAUUUGUCACGUAGUCGAAGUUGGCCCAGGGACAUUGUGAGCCUUGCCGAGCCGGUCGGUCCGCAUGGGGAUGAGGACGAGGAUGAGGAAGAACCAGUGGCCGAGUGUGACCUGAUGCUGGACCGAUGUACGAUCAACCGAACCCGAUCAUGUAGCUAUCUUCCGGACGAUGUGUCCGAAUCCGCACUGGAAUUGUCAAUGCGACGUAUUCAUUCGCUUCCAAAUUGGCCGGUAACAGACGGCGAGGAUACGGAACAGGCGGAUGGUCAGAACCAACAGAACCAAGGAGAUCGCUCGGAAACGAUCGUACCUGCUGUUCAGGAAACGGAAUCCAAUCAAUAG